UCCUUCAUUGUUUCUUUCCUUCUUGCUUUUCUUCAUUUUUUCCUUAAUUCCUUCUCUUGUCUCCUUUCUUUUUCUUCCUAUAAAAAUUCUGGUUGCAGUUUUACAUUGAUGAGCAUUAAAACCUUAGAAAACUACAUCGUCAUGGUGAAACAUGGUGGUGGCAGCAUUAUGCUGAGGAGAGCAGCUUCACCUUCCUCAUAAUUUGAACAUUACUAACGUACAAGACCAGCUGCUAAAACAGAAAAUUAGAAGAAGAAAUGAGUUUCCUUUAUUGUGGCGCCCUCUCUCUAGUGGCGCCCCCAUCGUUACCAAGGGAACAGAGAAGAAUAGAUAAACUUUUUUUCAUCUAUUGAAGUUCAGUUUGAUAAAAUAUCUGUUGUCUGAAACAGCCGAGAGGAGGAAGCUGCAGAAAGCGGGAAUCCGCGGGGCUGUUCAGGUUUAUAGACGCAGCGCUGAUUGCUCCCUUCCGGACCGAACCGCGGCCCGAACCAGAGGAAAGUUUCCCUCUGCAGAAAAGAUGGCGAGUCCGAUAAUCAGCGCCUGGACUGGGAGGGCAGGAAGCCGGCUUUCCGCAUUCCGAGGCGGAGAAAAACUGAAAAGUUUCUCCGCUUUUCGUUCAGAAAACCCGCAUAAAACAGCCGAGACUCCCCGCUGGGCCGCAGAGAUGCGGAGGUCGGUUCCCCACAUGUCCAGAUGGGCCGAGCGCCGAUCCACGCUGGUUUACGCGGUCCGCGCAGCCACAUUCGGUUCGUGGCGGAUGUUGACACUGGGGGCGGAAUACGAGGACACCUGGGUCCAGACUCCCAAACGGGUCGCAGGGACCCCCACUGUGGACCCGACCCCCACUGGGAACCCGGACACUUUCACUGUGGAGCCUCUGGAGCCGUCAUGGAGAGCCGUCCGUGAAGAAUCCGUCUGGGAAUCCGACACAACCUUUACCCUGGAUGGGCUGAGCGGCGGGGCAGCAGGUGACGGUGUCCGCCAGGUGCUGUGGAGGCAUGAAACCCUGAACAACUCACCGCUCACACAAAGAAUGGCUCGCUUCGCAGACGAUCUACCCACCCGCUAUGGAGGGAGCGCGGGCGGCGGAGGGAGAGGCGCACCGGGCGCCGGGAGAGGGGGCGCCCGGGGCGGCAUCGGAGGCGGCGGGCAGAGGAUGUACAAGCAGUCCAUGGCCCAGAGAGCCCGAACCAUGGCCAUUUACAACCCGAACCCCGUCAAACAGAACUGCCUCACGGUCAACCGCUCCCUGUUCAUCUUCCGUGAGGACAACCUCAUCAGGAAGUAUGCAAAGAGAAUAACAGAGUGGCCUCCGUUUGAAUACAUGAUCCUGGCAACGAUUAUUGCCAACUGCAUUGUCUUGGCACUGGAGCAACAUCUACCCGCUAGCGACAAGACGCCGAUGUCGGAACGCCUGGACGACACAGAGCCGUACUUUAUUGGAAUAUUCUGUUUCGAGGCGGCCAUUAAGAUCAUCGCCCUGGGCUUCGCGUUUCACAAAGGCUCGUACCUCCGCAACGGCUGGAAUGUAAUGGACUUCGUGGUCGUCCUCACAGGGAUCCUCGCCACCGUCGGUUCAGACUUUGACCUGCGAACGCUGCGCGCCGUCAGAGUGCUGAGGCCCCUCAAACUGGUGUCCGGGAUUCCCAGCCUCCAGGUUGUGCUGAAGUCCAUCAUGAAGGCCAUGGUUCCACUGCUGCAGAUCGGCCUGCUGCUGUUCUUCGCCAUCGUCAUGUUCGCCAUCAUCGGGGUCGAGUUCUACAUGGGCAAGUUCCACCAGUCCUGCUUCAAGCCUGGAGCGGAGAGAGUGGUGGACUGGCCGUGCGGGUCGGAGUUGCCGGCCAGAACCUGUCCCAACGGCACCGUGUGCCAGGAGUACUGGACCGGGCCCAACUUCGGCAUCACCAACUUUGACAACAUCCUGUUCGCCGUGCUGACCGUGUUCCAGUGCAUCACCAUGGAGGGCUGGGUGGACAUCCUGUACAGCACUAAUGAUGCAGUGGGAAACAACUGGAACUGGCUCUACUUCAUCCCUCUCAUCAUUAUUGGCUCCUUUUUCAUGCUCAACUUGGUGCUUGGUGUCCUGUCAGGAGAAUUUGCCAAAGAGCGAGAACGAGUAGAGAAACGUCAGGAGUUCCUGAAGCUUCGGCGACAGCAGCAGAUCGAGCGGGAGCUCACCGGGUACCUGGAGUGGAUCUGCAAGGCGGAGGAGGUGUUGCUUGAAGAAGAAGACGAGAUCGCAGAGGAAAAGACCCCGAUGGACGGCGCCUGGUACAAGAGGACACAAAACCUUUCAGUUCUGAAGCGAGGAAAAAUCAAGAAGGGUAAAAACGAUCUGAUUGGUGCAGAGGAGGGCGACGAUCCCUUUGCUGACAUGUCCUCUGUUGUUCCCCCCGGCUCCCCGUUCGGUCGGGCCAGUGUGAAAAGCGGCGGGAAGAUGGACAGCUCAUCUUACUUCCGGCGCAAGGAGAAACGCUUCCGGUUCUUCAUCCGGCGGAUGGUGAAAGCUCAGAGUUUCUACUGGAUCGUUCUGUGCCUGGUGGGCCUCAACACGCUGUGCGUGGCCAUCGUCCACUACGACCAGCCGGACUGGCUGACCAGAGCGCUCUACACAGCAGAGCUGGUGUUUCUGGGUUUGUUCCUGACGGAGAUGACCUUGAAGAUGUACGGCCUCGGAGUGAGAAAUUACUUCCACUCGUCCUUCAACUGCUUUGAUUUUGGGGUGAUUGUGGGAAGUAUUUUUGAGGUCAUCUGGGACAUGAUAAAGCCAGGAGCAUCGUUUGGGAUCAGCGUGCUGAGGGCCUUGAGACUCCUCCGGAUUUUCAAAGUCACCAAAUACUGGAACUCGUUGAGGAAUCUCGUCGUUUCCCUUCUCAACUCCAUGAAGUCCAUCAUCAGCCUGCUCUUCCUCCUCUUCCUCUUCAUUGUGGUCUUCGCUUUGCUCGGCAUGCAGCUCUUCGGCGGACAGUUUAACUUUGAAGAUGAGACCCCAACAACAAACUUUGAUACCUUCCCAGCAGCCAUCCUCACUGUGUUCCAGAUCCUGACCGGCGAGGACUGGAACGCCGUCAUGUACCACGGCAUCGAGUCUCAGGGCGGCGUCCGGCGUGGGAUGUUCUCCUCCAUCUACUUCAUCGUCCUCACGCUCUUUGGAAACUACACUUUGCUAAACGUCUUCUUGGCCAUCGCUGUUGAUAACCUCGCCAACGCCCAAGAGCUGACGAAGGAUGAAGAGGAGCAGGAGGAAGCAGCCAAUAAGAAGCUGGCUCUGCAGAAAGCUCUGGAAGUAAAAGAAGUCAGCCCGAUGUCAGCCGCCAACAUUUCCAUCGCUGCGAGUUAUACAGUCUACUGCUCCCCCACUCGACAUAUCUUGAAAUACAGCAAGGAGCAGCGUUCUGCAAAGACCAUGUCGGUGUGGGAGCAGCGGACCAACCAGCUGAGGAAGCACAACACGAAGACCAGCACCGAGGCGCUGUUCAACGAGCUGGACCCGGACGAGCGCCUCGCCGCCUCCAGCGCCCUCCACCUGCACCCCGACAUGAAGACGCACACCGACCGGCCGCUCGUCCUGGAGGACAAGAACGGCGACCAGCCCCAAGCCGGCGCGCCGGAGGAGGCGGCGGCGCCCGGCGUCAGGGACAGCUUCCACUCCAGGAGGCGCCACCACCACCGCGACCGGAACGGGGACGGAGGCGACGGCCCGGGGGUCCGGCGCCACAGCCACCAUGGCCACAGCAGGGAGCACAACGCCGACGCUGCCCAGGACAGAGAGAGGCUCCGCCCCCAAACCGGGUCACCGGAGGAGGAGAGAGGCCAUCGUCAUCACCGCUCCCGCCGCACGCCGAAGGAAGGAAACGGACGACUGACUAACGGAGCGCAAGACGACGGGAAAGGGGGAGGAGACAACAGCUCCUCACGCAUCCAGAGGGACAAACAGGCGGAAACGGAGGACGACAGCCUGGCUGGGAGUCCGCUGCAGCUGAAGCGAAGCAGCCUGACGCCGAGUGAAAAACAGGAAGAUGCCGACAACCAGAAGAACUCGACCAGAGCCAGCCAGGCCGCCCUGAACAGCAACGCCGUCCACAUCCCCGUCACCAUCACCGCGCCGCCCGGAGAAACUACCAUCAUCCCCAUGAACAGCAUCGAUUGUGGCAACUUCCAGCUCAGUGAGGAGAAGAAAGAUCUGGAAGAGGAGGAGGCCGCUAACGGGCCGCGGCAGAUUCUUCCCUACAGCUCCAUGUUCGUCUUCGGACAAACAAACCCGGUGCGGCGCCUGUGUCACUACGUGGUCAACCUGCGCUACUUUGAGAUGUGCAUCCUGAUCGUCAUCACCAUGAGCAGCAUCACGCUGGCCGCCGAGGACCCGGUGGAGGCCAACGCUGACCGCAACAUCGCUCUGAAAUACCUGGACUAUGUUUUCACUGGAGUCUUCACGUUUGAGAUGGUGAUAAAGAUGAUCGACCUGGGCCUGCUCCUCCAUCCCGGCUCGUAUUUCCGUGACCUUUGGAACAUCCUGGACUUUAUCGUGGUCAGCGGCGCUCUGGUGGCCUUCGCCUGCUCGAGCCUCAUGGGAUCACAACAAAGUGUGGCCAGAGGAACCAAGGGGAAAGACAUCAACACCAUCAAAUCCCUGCGGGUGCUGCGAGUUCUGCGACCUCUGAAGACCAUCAAGCGGCUGCCGAAGCUGAAGGCUGUGUUCGACUGUGUUGUGAACUCUCUGAAGAACGUUCUGAACAUCCUCAUCGUCUACAUCCUCUUCAUGUUCAUCUUUGCCGUUAUCGCCGUUCAGCUCUUCAAAGGCAAAUUCUUCUACUGUACCGACGAGUCCAAAGGUCUGGAGAAAGACUGCAGAGGUCAGUUUCUGGAGUACGAUCGUGAGGAAGUGACGGCUCAGCCCAGAGAGUGGAAGAAGUAUGAGUUUCACUAUGAUAAUGUUCUCUGGGCUUUCCUGACGCUGUUUACCGUCUCCACCGGAGAGGGCUGGCCACUGGUCCUGAAGCAUUCUGUGGACGCCACGUACGAAGACCAGGGCCCCAGCCCGGGUUUCCGCAUGGAGACGUCGAUCUUCUAUGUGGUCUAUUUCGUGGUGUUUCCGUUCUUCUUCGUCAACAUUUUUGUAGCUUUGAUCAUCAUCACCUUCCAGGAGCAGGGAGAUAAGGCGAUGUCGGAGUGCAGCUUGGAGAAGAACGAGAGGGCCUGUAUCGACUUCGCCAUCAACGCCAGGCCGCUUACACGAUACAUGCCAGAGAACAAGCAGUCCUUCCAGUACAAGAUGUGGAAGUUCGUGGUGUCGUCACCUUUCGAGUACGCCAUCAUGACUUUAAUCGCCCUCAACACCGUCGUCCUGAUGAUGAAGUUCUAUGGAGCUCCAAUGGUGUACGAGUCUAUGCUGAAAUACCUCAACAUCGUCUUCACUGGCCUCUUCACACUAGAGUGCAUCCUCAAGAUUAUUGCUUUCAAUCCACUGAACUACCUGAAGGAACCCUGGAAUGUGUUUGACUUUGUGACGGUGAUUGGGAGCAUCACGGACAUUUUGUUCACAGAGAUAAAUACGAACAAGAUGAUAAACCUGAGUUUCCUGAGGCUGUUCAGAGCUGCUCGCCUCAUCAAGCUGCUGCGCCAGGGCUACACCAUCCGCAUCCUGCUUUGGACCUUCGUUCAGUCCUUCAAGGCUCUGCCGUACGUCUGCCUGCUGAUCGCCAUGCUGUUCUUCAUCUACGCCAUCAUUGGCAUGCAGGUGUUUGGGAACAUCGAGUUGAAUGAAGAGACCUCCAUAAAUCACCACAACAACUUCCAGACCUUCUUCCAGGCCCUGACCCUCCUGUUCAGGAGUGCAACAGGCGAGGCGUGGCAUGAGAUCAUGCUGGCCUGCCUCAGUAACCGGCCGUGUGAUAAACUCUCAGGAAGUUCAGGGAAGGACUGCGGCAGCGAUUUCGCCUACUUCUACUUCGUGUCCUUCAUCUUCCUCUGCUCCUUCCUGAUGUUGAAUCUGUUCGUUGCCGUCAUCAUGGACAACUUUGAGUAUCUAACUCGGGACGCCUCCAUCCUCGGGCCGCACCACCUGGACGAGUUCAUCCGCGUGUGGGCAGAGUACGACCCCGCCGCCUGUGGGAGGAUUUGCUAUCGGGACAUGUACAAAUUAUUGCGUUUAAUCUCGCCUCCCCUGGGCCUGGGGAAGAAGUGCCCCAACAGGGUGGCUUACAAGCGCCUGGUGAGGAUGAACAUGCCAAUCGCAGACGACAACACGGUCCAUUUCACCUCCACGCUGAUGGCUCUGAUCCGGACCGCGCUGGAGAUCAAGCUGGCAUCCGGCGUGCUGGCGCAGCGUCUGUGCGACGCCGACCUGAAGCGGGAGAUCCGCCGCGUUUGGCCCAACCUGCAGCAGAAGACCAUCGACCUGCUGGUCACGCCUCAUAAGUACAACGAGUUGACUGUGGGGAAAGUUUAUGCUGCCCACAUGAUCUUUGACUACUACAAACAGAACCGAGCCAAGAAGCUCCAGCAGCAGAACCCAUCUGGGAUCUCUCAGAGUAAGCUGGGCGCUCUGUUCCGCCCCGUUCUGCCCUUCACUCAUCUACACGAGCCGACGCCGCCGAUCAAACCGGCUCCGCCACCAGAACCGGAACCCAGAACACAAGCCCCGCCCACUUCCACCAGCAGCACCGCCACCAAUGUGGACGCCAACAUGGACGCCAAUGUCUCUGUUUCCCCUCCCAGUCUGAACCAGAGGACUUCCAUUAAACAUUCCCAGUCUGGAGAUUUUUCCCCGGCGGCCGCGAGGCUGAAGCCGCACCGGCGGCUGCAGAGAGGCCAGUCAGAGGACGUCCACCGCUGCAGCAGAGCUCAGGAGCGGCAGGCCGACCCGAAGCCGGAGAACAUGUCUGAUGCAGAGGGCCGGCCCGGCCUGGAGGGCCACGCCAGAGCCGCAUCGCUGCCACGCCUAAACGCAGAAUACCACCGGAGCCACCCUCGCCACGCCCCCGGGACCCACCUGGCACCGAUCGUUGACCUCAGCCCAAUAAAACGCUCGGCAUCAUCGCUGACGCCCCAGCAGGUCGGGUUGAGGGACUACGACCUGGAGCGGGUCGACCAGAGCCGGUUCUGCGCCGGACCGGACCCGGACCGGACCCACCACCACCACCACCAUCACCGCUGCCACCGCCGCAGAGACAAGGACAAAGACAGGAAGCAGAAGUCUCUGGACAAAACGUCCUCAGCGCCGCCGUCCGGCACCGUCGGUUCGUUUGAAGACCCGUCAGCCGACGGUUUGUCCAGAGAGCGAGCGAGGGAGCGGGACCGCAGCCGCCCCCAUGAGAGGAGGCACCACUCCUCCGCCGGGGAGAAGCAGCGCUACUACUCCUGCGAGCGCUAUGGCAACAGGGAGCCGGGUCAGGCCCGGUCGGCCGGCCCGAGCCGGUCCACGUCUCCGGGAGAGAGCCAGGACUCUGGGCUCAUCAAACAGCAGGGAAGCACUGUGACGAAGCUGCCGUCUGGUACCAGCGCUCAGGCCCGUGGGCGCCGCCAGCUGCCCCAGACGCCGCUCACGCCUCGGCCCGCCGUGGCCUACAAGACCCCCACCUCCUCAGCCGCUCCGCCCAGCGCCUCCACGCCCGGGUCUCGCUUCGUCCGCGGCGCAUCGGAGCACGACCGCCUGCUAGCGGCUCACGAGGAGCCCAAAGCCCCAGCUGGUCCGGACUCUAACCCGAGCCGGCAGCAGCUGGACUCGUCCCUGCUGGAGGAGGGCGAGGACUUCCAGGAUGCUGUGAGCAGCCACGGGGGGGGACACUCCUCCAGAAGCGCCACAACGCCAUCCACCGCCGCCGCACAGGGGCGGGCAGCGGGAGUGCCGAACGGCUACCACUUCACCCUGGGGUCUGCGCCGGGCAGCAGCAGGGGGGCGGCGGGUCUCAGGGAGCGGGAGGAGGAGGACUGGUGCUAGCUGGGCGCUAAGCUUCACGGCUGAAACUGAAACGCUAAAAAUGUGCUGCUGAGCGCCGGUCGGCCGGCUGGAGCUGGUCGACUGGGACUGUGCUGCUGAAGGAGUUCACUGAUCAUUCACUGCCAAAACACCAAAUACCGUUGAGUUCUUUUGGUCCAGUUUCUACUGGAAAUAUCUUAGUUCACUUGAAAUAAGACAGAACUAACUCACAUGUAACUUUUGAGCAAAAUAUAGGAGCUUGUUUUAGGUCAAAAAUCCCUUAAUAUUGAUGAAGUACCGACUGAUUAUUUUAUGGAUUGGGGAAAAUGUUUUAUAAUCUUCCAAUGGAAACAGUACUUUUUUCAAUCAAUAUUAAAGUGGACAUAUUAUGCAAAAUUCACAUUUUUCCAUUUCCAUUUGGGUUUCUGCUGCUUAUAAAAGCAAAACAAGCUCUUUAAAGAAACACCCAGCCCGUUUUUGACAUAAAGUUCAUGUUUUUUGGCCUCUGGAAAACGAGAUGUUUCAAAAAAACUCCAGAAUGUAACGUCACAAAUCAGCAGGCACUACGCCAGUUAUCUAGCAACCCCUGCAGAGUUCUGCCGGUUACCUAGCAACAUAAGCUGAGCUGCAGUAUGUUUGGUCAGCUGGUUUUACCGCUGUAUGUGGUGCACAAUGGCUGCUGGAAAAGAUAAGUGGUUUGUUGUUGACUUACCAUCCAGAAUCCACUUGUUGCAUCCUUGUUAUUGUGCAAGAGGCUCUACUAAUGCUUUUCAAAGAUGUAUGGUUGUAUAAUUGUCCAUCGGCUGGCAGCCAUUUUCUCAUACAAGUGUAAAUAUUGAGUUAGGGGGCGUGGCCAGCAGCACCUUAUUUGGAUUUAAAGUAACAGAGACCCUAAAGCAGCUAAAAUCUGCUUAUCUAAGGAUGAUUUUGUGUUUUGUUUUGCAAAUAUUUGUAUUCAAACCCAUAUAAAAGGUGACCUUUAAGGAAUCACUGACUUAAAACAAGUUCCUAUUUUUUACUGAAAAGCUACUUGUAUGUUACUUUUGUCUUAUUUCAGGUGUACUAAAAUAUUUGCACUAAAAAUUAGAUCAAAAAUGCUUGGUAAGAUUUUGUGUUUUUGCAGUGUUCCGGCUUUUUGUGUUAAUCUCUAAUAUUACAACCUCUUUACAGGAAAAAAAUACCAACUUUUUCUAUCCCAUUUACUUGCACUGAGAUUAUAGCACACGUGAAAACCCUUAACCUUCUGCCUUGGCUGGUAAAUUCAGAAGAUUUAAGCCAAAAUGAUGAGAGUGAAGCUGUAAACUGGUUUCAGACCAAUCAGAAUGCCUCAUUCCUGACCUUAUCAUAGCUGCUUUAAAUUUAUGGCUCUUUUGUUUGUUUUGUCCCAAUCAGAACAACAUUUCUGAGUUUAUUUAUGUUUGUUUGUUUAGCUGCUACUUUGGUGUAAUUUUUGCCAAAAAAAAGGUUCAAAUGUUUUCGUUCAGGUAUUAAGAUUCUUAGAGAACAUCUGUUAAAUAUCUGGAGAUCAUUAGUAGAAAAGGAGAACAACCAACAGAGGCAAAAAUGUGGAAUCUCUACUUUUUAUUUCACUUUAAAGCAGAAAAAAAUCACAAAAAACUGUUUUAUUUUAGCAGAUGAAACAAACUAUUUCAUUGCAUCUUUUUCUGCUUUAUUUCCAGAUCAAGUAGGGGGAAAAAAAUCUAAAACGACUAAAUUGUUUUGGGGGAAAAAUGAAUUAAUUGCUCUUUAAUUUACAUUUGUAAAACUAAUAUGUCUCAGGUUCAACUGGGGACCAAAAUGGCAACAUUUGUUUCAUUUUCAGUUGGAGCGGUUCGCUUUCUCACUGCAUCGAGUCAAAUGAACCAAAAUAGUUGAAUCAGCUUUUCCCUUCCUGACCUGUGGGGGCGCUGCAACCAGAACCACUGAAGAAAACAACACUAAAAGAUAGUGAACGCAACUUCCUGUUUCACAAGAUGUAAAUGAAAACGGAGUGGUGUCAGAUUUUAGCGGUUGUAGGAUUUCUAUUUUGUCUUUCGUAAAAAGACAUUUCUGCCGCUCGUGCUAGACUAGCGUGUUUGCUUUGGUUGUAUUUACCCAGAAUGCCCUGCGCUGUAGUCCGCUUCCUGUUGGUCUUGUGUGAACACAUCCUUGCAAAUGUUCCAUUUUGAUUCUACUUGCUGCAACUUUUAGAUCCAUUUCUCUGAGAUCAGCAGAACAUGGUUGGUUCAUUUUCCAGGGUAAGUUCUCCCCUUGCAGGUAAAGUAGUAGAAACGCUAAUUACAAGCUAUCAUUGACACAGUGAUAGCAUAGUUAGCAUAUUUAACACCAGGGAUGCAAGUUAUCAGUCAUCCAGCUAAUAGGAAGAAGAAUGCUCUUAACGAUCGACUAACAAUUAAUUUAUAAGUGGCCGUUUUCUUAAGGAUCGCAGUUUUCUCUUGUAUCAAGAGAACCGACCAUCUUUCUACAACAUGAAGGGCUAAAUUUGUCAUAUUUGACAUUUUUACAUGUUAGUUGUGACUGAAUAGACAGGAAAUUGUUUUUUUUAUGUUAUUGCUCUAAGACAUCCCUCAAAAUGAAUUGUUCUUAUUAAUAUAAUGUUUUUUAUUUUAGGUUGUUUUCUUUCUGCGUUUUUCAUCCGUUAUCCCCCGUCAUCGUGGCACGUCAGUAAUUUUGGUUGAGAAAUUGAUGCUCGGUUAAAUUACCUUAAGAAGUUUUUAGAGGUUUUAUAUAUUUUAAAAAAGGGGGUAACAUAAGGAGCAUUUUUCAUGCCAUAACUGUGUGGACCGUUUUGUUUCAGAACACCACCAUCUUUAAUCCUGUAUCAAGGCUCCGUUUAUGGAUGACCAGUGGCGCCCUCUGCUGGAUGGCGGCCAAACUGCAACACAAAGUCUAAAUGGAGAUUAUUAACUAAUCAAUUGGGACUAAUUUUAAUCUAAUAAAUUAACAAUUAAUCGUAAGUCGGUUAUUUGUAUCACUAAUGUACAUGUUUUGUUUAUUUCAUCCACCUGUAGCUGAGAUUCCACAUUUUCUGCCGCUUUUUCACUGUCACGUUUUUGUAAUCUGCAGGAUGUAAAAAGGUUUCGGUGCAACCAGAACCAGAUGAACUCUUUUUCUGGCGUUAAGUGGCCAAAUACCAAGUGCCUCGUUUACCACAAAGUUGUUAAAGUUUCAGCUUUGCUCCGGUUCAGAUGGACUUAAACCGUGAGUGCAGAAUGAAAAAAAUAUACACAAACAUCCUAAUUUAAAUGCAGAAAUAUACUUUUUUUUUGUACAAUUCUUCUGGUGGGUGUAUUCAAAUUAGUCCAAUUAAUUCAGAGUAAGUAAUGUAGUGCAUGAUAAGGGUAGUGUUUGUACUGAAGGAUUUGUGGUAAGUAUUUGCCUUUAUUCUCUCACAUAUAUACUGCCAGUCAGCCACAGAAAUCGGUCACUCAAUUGACAAAAAGUGCCAUUUUUUAAAAACUAUAUAAAAAAGAAAAUACUUCAGAACCACCUGCCUCCUCCAGCAUGUGUUAUAUUUAUCGUCUCUGCCAUAAAAACUCAGAUUUUCUGGGCUUUACUCCUCGUUUUGAUUUCUAAAGGACUACUGUGACGGUUUGUUGGAAAACUGACCUAAAUGUAAACUCACAGGUUCAAUGAAGAGUUGUGUUGUUGCAGAUGACUGUUCUCUGAAAAAUGUACAAAUAUAUUAAAAAGUAGGGCUAUGCAACAAGACGACACUUCAUCUGCCCGUAGCUUUACCCGCUGCAGUCCCCGGUUCAGGCUUUUAUUUGACUGCGAGCGGAUUUUACGUCUGUGAGUGAAGAGUUGUAAAUUAAAUCUGUAUUAAUAGAUGUACAGCUGAGGCAAAAAGUGUGAAGCACCGGGUUUUAUUUUUGUUUUUCUGUGAGGGGUGAAAACAACCCACAAAUUAAAACUGUGGCCACAGAUUUGUUUCUACAAUAUGAUUUAGAACCACAUUUUUCAGAAUAACAGUGAAAAAGACUCGAUAAGGCUCUGCCCUCAGUCCUUACCUCCUUCCACUGGGCUCAACUUCAGUUUUUUUAAUUAUUAUUUUUUUAAAGGUAAGGCUUGCUGUAUGUUAUAUGUUUGCUUUUGUCAAUAAAUUCCGAAAAAAACGA